AUGACCGCAGCUGAUUUGGUUUUGAAUUUGAACCUCUUUAUCCUCUCCAAGAAUUGUGAAUCUCUUUAUGAUAAGGUAACUGAUAACAGGCCCAAGAGUAGGAGGAUGGUUGGGGCCCCUUCAUGGGCCAGGGAUUAUGUUCGUGCUACAGAACAUGCUCAUUCGAAAGGAGUUCAUGCCUCCUCUUCUACUGAGUCUGGGGGAAUACAUAUUCCUCGCAUCGAUCUUAAUGAUCCGCGUUCAUGGCUGAAAUCGGUUAGGAUGGAGCGUCCAAUUUUCAACGGAACCGAUCCUAAUGGCUGGAUUUUUCGCACCGAGUUGUAUUUUGGGUUACAGCAAGUGCCGGAGAACAUCAAGGUCCGUUUGGCUGGGAUGAAAAUGGAGGGUUUAGCUAGUCCUUGGUUUCAGUGGCUUUUCAGUGGAGGAUCCAUUCAUGCUUGGGAGGAUCUGAAGAUUGCGGUUCGUCAAAGGUUUGGGGGUACUGCUUAUCAGGAUUUACGUGGAGUUCUUUCGAAGUUGGUUCAGGAAGGUACAUUGAGUGAGUACAUCCGAAACUUUGAGGCUUUGAUUAAUCAAGUCGCUGAGUUUAGUGAUGAGGUUUUGAUGUGUUUCUUCGUCUCUGGUUUGUUGCCUGAUUUGCGUCGAGCCAUCCAACUUCAUUCUCCUACCUCACUCCAUCAAGCAAUGCAACUGGCUAUUACCUAUGAUGCACACUUUGUGGAGCUGCGUUCAUCUUUUUCUUCAGGGCUUAAGAAAGGUUUUGCUAAAAACACCUAUACUGUGGACCAACCAAGUCCAAUUUCUACAGUAUUACCUACUCAAAAACCAGGUGUUCCUGCUUUACCUUCUUCAACUCCUUAUCGGAAACUGUCUCAUGAGGAGAUGCAGAAGAAGCGAGAUAUGGGGAUUUGUUAUACCUGCGAUGAAAAAUGGAACUCUCGCCAUCGGUGUAAGGGCAAGUUGUUUUUGAUGAUAGGUGAUUCUGAGGAAUUGGAGACUGAGGCAGAAGAACAUAUUGUGUGGCAACCUGACCCUGUUCCUGAGGAGUCUCAUGUGGCAGCCAUACACUCUUUGGCUGGGGAAAGACAUCCUCGAGCGCUUCAGUUCCAUGUGGAGAUUAAGGGAAGGUUAGUACCUGUUCUUGUGGAUUCUGGUAGCUCACAUUGUUUUGUCCAAAAGAAGUUAGUUGAUGUUUCUGGUUUAGCUACUGUCAAGGUGCCUAAGAUGCGUGUGUUCCUAGGCAAUGGGGAGUUUUUAAUCUGUGAUAGAAAAUGCAUGGAGGUUCUAUUAAAUAUCCAGGGGAAUGAGUUUUCUAUGGAUUUGUGGGUCCUUGAGUUAGCCAAUUUGGGCAUAAUAUUGGGCAUGUCUUGGUUAAGUACCCUUGGCCGAGUUAUCCAUGAUUACACUGACAUGUCUAUGGAGUUCUUGUUCAAAGGAGGGAGGGUGGUGUUGACUGGUGAAAAUUCUGGUGUGGCUAGAAAUAUAAGGGCCCCAAACUGUUUCCAUUUGGCAGGAGAAGGAGUCUCAGAUGUCUCACCUGAAUUAAAGGAAUUGAAGGCUCAAAUUCCUGCAGCCAUAUGGGAUAUUCUGGAUGCCAAGCCGGUCAAUGUGAGACCGUACCGAUAUGCACACCAUCAGAAAGGGGAGAUAGAGAAGCAGGUCUCAGAAUUGUUGGAUUCGGGUUUCAUAAAGGAAAGCAGGAGUCCAUUCUCAUCUCCAGUUUUGCUUGUGAAGAAACAAGAUAAUUCUUGGCGAAUGUGUAUUGAUUACCGUGCCUUGAAUAACAACACUAUAAAGGAUCGUUUUCCCAUUCCCAUAAUCGAUGAAUUACUUGAUGAACUCAAUGGUGCUAAGGUUUUCUCUAAAUUGGAUUUGCGUAGUGGAUAUCACCAAAUUCUUUUGGUGCCUGAGGAUACAUCCAAGACUGCUUUUCGGACUCAUGAGGGGCAUUAUGAGUUUUUGGUGAUGCCUUUUGCUUGA